AAACCACAGUGUGGCGGUGGAGGCAGCAGCAAUGGGAGGCCAUACAGCAACCUAUGACAAAAUGGAAACCAGCAGGAGUGUGAGGAGACCUGAAAGUGGCACAUGGCAGAGUGGGAGCAAUGGGAGGUGGUACAGGGACCCAGCAGCAAUGGGAGGCCGUACAGGGACCCAUGAGAGACUCUGGACUUGGCAGCAGCAUGAGGAGGCGGUAUAUAGGGGCCCAUGGCAGAUUAGGGGCCUGGCAGCAGCUAUGGGAGGCCCGUAAUCUGCCAGCACCCUAUGUCAAAAAAUUCAACACAACAGCAGUGUGUGAGGAGACCUGAAAGUGGCACAU